AUGAAAGCCUUAAAACCUUGGAAAUACCCUAAUUCGGUUGAGAUUUCUGAAGCCAAUCAUUUGAUACUAAAAAGAUUAGCGUAAAUAGACAGAAGACCUUUCUAUAACUUCAAAGAUUAAAUGAAGGAAUUUCGCAAACAUAUCGAAAUAGUUGAGAAUCGAAAAAAAUGGUUUGCUAUAUCUAGAAGUUAUUCUCCAGUUCCAUAUCGCAGAAGGAAGUUGUGA